ACUGCAGUUGACGACGAAACGCCGACAAAACACAGAGUCGAAGUCGACGUGCCGAAAGUUUGUGAAACAUUCGUUUGAUUUCAAGUUCUGAGAUAUGCGUUGUUUGCCAGGCUUUGGCUACGGCCUAACCUUUCUUUUUCUGAGCACUGUGCGCAAUGAACAAAAGGAGUUGAAUCUUUCGCCGGUGCACCGUUUGAACGUGAGCCAUGCCACAGCCACUUUUGGCAUGGGCUGCUUCUGGGGCGCAGAAUCGCUUUAUGGCGCAACGAGGGGCGUGCUACGCACCACAGUGGGCUAUGCUGGCGGCCAAGCGGAAUUCCCAACGUACCGUAAAAUGGGUGAUCACACUGAGGUCUUGGAGAUUGACUAUGAUCCCACCGUGGUCAGUUUCCAGGAGCUGCUCGAGCUGUUCUGGAACAACCAUGAGUACGGUCUAACCACGCCCAUUAAGCGUCAAUAUGCCUCGUUGAUUCUCUAUCACGACGAUGAGCAAAAAGAAAUUGCUGAAGCUUCCAAGAAGGAGGAGCAAGUGCGUCGUGCUCCCGAAGUGAUUACCACGGACAUUGCGCCCAAGGAGAACUUCUUUGCGGCUGAAGACUAUCACCAAAAGUACAGACUCCAGGGUCAUAAGGAUCUCGCUGCUUCCCUCAAUCUUAGCCCGCAAUUGCUUCAGAGCAGCUAUGUGGCCACCAAGCUGAACGGUUAUCUGGCGGGAGUCGGCGGCAUCGAGCAGUUCAAGUCUGAGGCUGACACCUUGGGCCUGACACCAACCCAGCGCCAGUACUGCAACUAUCACAUUGAGCAGAACGAGGGUCAGGGUCUCUACUGCUGACCGCUCUGCAUAGAUGUUAAACGUAGAUCAUAUACUUAGGGGGGGGUAAUACUAAAGACAUUAUGUUUUAUAAUUAAUUGUACUUUGCCUAAAAAAACAAAGUGUAUUAUUUAGUCUUAAACAAAUAUUCUAAAAAUAAUAUAAAAUAAAAUAUAUAAAUAAAUAUUUCAAACAUU